CAAAUAUAUGGGCUGUUAUGAGGAUAGCAGCAACCGAAUCCUUAGGGAUUAUGAUUACUUUUCUGAUUCGAACUCGCCAACCGAGUGUUCAAAAAACUGCAGCAACUCACAGUUUUCCGGAGUCGAGUCGUGGACGCAUUGCCUCUGUGGUAAUGAGCUUCAUUCUGCAACCCAAAGGCCGGAGUCAGAGUGUUUUGCUAUUUGUCCGGGCGACAGAAACCAGAUAUGUGGCGCUCCUUGGAGGAUUAACAUCUACAAAAAUUGGGUGUGUGGCGGAUUCCUGACAGAUCCAUAUGGCGUCAUUACGAGCCCUAACUUUCCGUCGAAUUACAGUAACAAAGAUAAAUGUAUCUGGGUCAUCAACGCACCAGAGGGCUACCAGAUCAAUGUGAACUUUACAAACUUUGCACUGGAGGUACACUCCGAUUGCCGUUAUGACUACCUGGAGCUCUUUCAUGGACCAAACGACUCCUAUCCAUCCGUCGGGAAAUUCUGCGGAACAACGCCACCAACGGGAUUUAAGUCGCGGUCGAACUCUGUCCUUAUUGUCUUCUCUACAGACUCCGACGUUAGUGCAAGGGUUUUCAAUCUGACGUACACAUUCUCCGUACAAGGUAUGCAAUAUAUGGGCUGUUAUGAGGAUAGCAGCAGCCGAAUCCGUAGGGAUUAUGAUUACUUUUCUGAUUCGAACUCGCCAACCGAGUGUUCAAAAAACUGCAGCCACUUACAGUUUUUCGGAGUCGAGUCGGCGAAGCAUUGCCUCUGUGGUAGAAGGCUUUAUUCAGCAACCAAAAGGCCAGAGUCAGAGUGUUUUGAUAUUUGUCCGGGCGACAGAAACCAGAUAUGUGGCGCUCCUUGGAGGAUUAACAUCUACAAAAAUUGGGAAUAUGAUACAAAAGCAAUAGCGAAUUUUCUUGCAAUCCUUGUGACGAUACUGGUUGCCAUCGUAAUUGCCUUGACUAUUUUUGUCUUCGUGUACGUAAAAAGAAAGAGAAGGGCUCUGGAAGCCGUUCAACUGAAUCAACUUCAAUCCUCGAAUAGUCCGCAAGGGGCGAGGGCUCUGCAUGCCAUUCAAAGGAAUCAACUUCAAUCAUCGAAUAGUCCCAGAGACUUAGACCCGAUGGUCACACCGGAGGCCAAGUCAGUGAUGAAGAUGGGAUAUUCGAAGAAAGCUGUCCAGCAAGCCAUUCAGGAAUACAUGGCAACGAAUCCUGACAAGGAUUUGCUGAGUUUUAGUGCUGCUGAUCUGGUUGAGAUCUUGAUUGGCCGCCAAGAGCGCGAAGAGGAAAUACCACAGAACAUCCAGUCUGAUGAGCUAGGAUCAGACCCGAUGUCCACACCGCAGGCCAAGUCAAUGAUGAAGAUGGGAUUUUCGAAGACAGCUGUCCAGCUAGCCAUUCAGGAAUACAUGGCAACGAAUCCCGACAAGGACUGGCUGAGUUUUAGUGCUGCUGAUCUGGUUGAGAUCUUGAUUGGCCGCCAGAAGCGCGAAGAGGAAAUACCACAGAACCUCCAGUCUGGUGAGCUAGGGAGGAGGACUCUGCAUGCCAUUCAACUGAAUCAACUUCAAUCAUCGAAAAGUCCCCAAUUUGAUGAAGUUCGAAGGGACGACAUGCAAGUGGAGACAUAUAACACAGAGGCCAAAGAGGAGACAAAUGACUACGGGGUGGUCAAUUCCUCAGACUUUGAACUGUAGGAGAGAUAAAAGGGAGAAUAAAAAAUUCGUUAACGAAGAAUUCCUUUUUUGUAGUCAAAUAUAGUAUAUAGGAAUUACGUCCAAAAAGGCAUGUUUUAUAUAGCUUGAUUUUUGUUUCAAUUGUUAAAUUCCUGAACGCAAAUUUACAUGUUAGUUUGAAAAUGUUAAUACUUACAUCCAUCAUUGGGCGUGAUUAAAAAGAAUAAACGGCCGAUAAAAAAACUGCUUGAUUUGAGCAUUCCUGGGGUAAAGCUGUAACGAACAAAAGAAGGACGUAUGUAUAUUACAUGCCGUCAAUUGGUGUAUAUGGUAUUCGUUUAUUUUGUAUUUUUAUGGGAGGUUGGCAAAUUCUUAAGUUUGUUGUCUUUUUGAUAUAAAGAUCGAAUAUUUUGAGGACACUAUUAGCUUCAAAAGAAUAUCUGGGGAUAAUGUCAAACAGGUUUAUUUACUCGGCACGAAUACAUAUACCAACAGCCAAUGCUUAUGGUUCAGGUUUUCUUAAACCUCUGUAACUAAACUUAUAACAGUACAUUUUCUAUCAUAAGUUUAUAAACAUUUGUAUAUGGAAUAAGACGGCCUCUGCGAGAAUUGUAACGGACUAAUAGGGCGUAUUUAAUUACAUAUAGUAAGAUAUGUCGACUGGAAGUUGUUAAAGCUUCUAAAGACUUUUACGUCAAUUGAUGAAUAAUGUAUCAUUUCGCUUAUAAUAAUCUUGGUCAUUCAAACAAUAAGGUUCCUAUGAAAACACUUAAUGUUAUCUUACAUAUAUUACAGGAGAAAACAAAUCCCAACAUUUUAGUUUUGUUCGUAUUGCACAAGAAACUAACAAAAGUUUGUUUUUAAAACUAUUAAUUUUAAUAAUCUCAACAAUUUCAGAAUGCGAUGUUAUUUUUUCUUUAAUUUCUUUAUCUUUACUAUUUGAGGCAAAUAAUAAUUUAUGAUUGUAAAGUUAGGUCAUACAAUACUAAAAUCUGAAUGUCUUUCCAAGUAUAUUUCUGAGGUAAGAAUGUUAAUUUUUGACAGUUAUGUUA